AUGACUGAUGAUGAGAUGCAAAGCUUUGCGAACUGGACGAAUCUGUCCGAGACCACGUUCUUGUUGACGCCUUCCAGUCCAGAGGCAGACUACAAACUUCGCAUCUUCACGCCUUUCCGUGAGCUUCCCUUUGCAGGACAUCCUACGCUGGGUAGUGCCUUUGCGUGGGUGAAAAAUGGUGGUGUGCCCAAAAAGGCGAAUUUCCUCGUGCAGGAAUGCGCUAUUGGCCUUUUGCCCAUCCAGUAUGAGAACGACUCGUUCCAAGUGAAGGCACCUGCGCUCAAGCGUUCCGGGCCUCUGGAGGAGGAGACAUUCCAACACGCUCUAGAGAUCUUGGGGCUCGCACCUGAGGACAUAGUCGCCUCGAACUGGAUCGAAAACGGCCCUCCUUGGAUCGGCUUAGUCCUUCACGAUGCUAACGCUGUCUUGAAUGUGCAGCCCAACAUGUCACUGCUAAGCAAGUACGAUUUGUUCUUGGGUAUUAUUGGGCCUCAUAAGAAUGGAAAUCCUGCGGACUUUGAGGUGCGUGCCUUUGCCGAAAACUUUGAGGACCCUGUGUGUGGCAGUCUGAAUGCCGCUGUCGCGACAUGGCUGAUAUGUGCGAAGAUGGCACCACCUACGUACUCGGUACGCCAAGGAACCAUGGUCCGCCGUCAAGGAAAUGUUGGACUCAGCACGGAUGAGAACCAAGAUAUUUGGCUCCAAGGACGGUGUGCAGCAGUGAUCGAGGGAAAGGUCAAUAUUUAA